GAUAUCAGCUGUCAGAUGCAUCAGUGAUCAGAUACGUCAGACGGUGAUUUAAUGUGGCACAAUCUUAUGUAUAUUUCUUAGAUAUACUUAAUUGUUUAUAAUAACUAGUGAAUAUUGCAUUUUCUGUUCAUUUCUUUAUAAAUAUAAUACAUAAUGAUACGUAGGUCAUUGGUUGGGAUGUAAGCCAUGCAGUGGAUUCAAACGUUCAUCUGUCUCGUCGCGCUUGUCUCGACGACAACAUGCAGCGAUAUAACGCCUGCCGUAUUUGGCAGCGUGUUGGAUGGUAUGCCAGCAGCCUUUGGCGACUUCAAUUCCGAUGAAUUGACGGACGUGUUUAUGCUGCGCAAGGAUGGCCGAACAGUGGAGAUAUUCCUGGCGGCUGAGCAAGAACCCCUAUUGCAACCUGCACCGAGUCUGAAUUGCUCGUUUAAAGAUCGCGUGACCAGUGUGGUGCCAGGCGAUUUUGAUGGCGACGUCUUCAUGGACAUCCUGGUGACGACUUUCAAUGAUGAGCGGAAACUCACGUUUGCACAUAUAUUAUGGGGUGGAAACGGGCAUCUUAACUGCAGCAACGAAUCAAAUCCGGUGAUAGAGAUGCGUGAUCAGCCGUUGGCGUUGGACUACAAUCAAGACAUGAUCAUCGACCUGUUCGGGGUGGAUAAACAUAACAGAAGAGUGUUCUGGAUAUUUCAUGAAAAUAGAACGGUGGAAGUGCGCAAACUAGACAAUUUGAACUCGGAGCCCGUUAGAAAUCCACACUCCAAUGCCUUCCUGGACCUGAACAAUGAUUUCCUGCCAGAUCUCGUGAUCACCACAAAGAAGGCCUUCGAGAUAUGGCUGGGCACGGAACAAGGAUUUGAGUCCCCUUUUGAAAUCAAUCUGCCGUAUAAUAUCUUGCUUGACAAGUCCUUCAAGGGACAAAUCGGGCAGACUCUUUAUCUGGACGUCGAAUUGACUGGGAAAAUGGCACUUCUUUUGCCAUUGUGUUUCGAUGACAAGUGUGCCAACAGCACAAUAAUGAUGUACCUGAACGAUAAAUGGCACAAUCUGAAAGUAAACUUCCUCGAUCCAAAUAAGGUAUUGUGGGGUUUCGUGGAACCAGACGGUCAUCGUUACACGGACACCGUCACUUUGCGCGGUGGUGAUUUCAAUAUGGACGGUUAUCCGGAUCUGCUGGCAACUCUGCAGUACUCAGAUGGGAAACACAUGCAGUCGUUCUUGUUGCAGAACGUGCUGUGCAACAAUUGCGAUGGCUUCAAUCGUACCUUUGACGUCAAAUGGCAGGCGUUGAACCCAUUUUAUAAUAAUUCCGCGAUGGCGGUAUUUUACGAUUUCUAUCAGGAUGGCAUUCUGGACGUAAUCCUGGUAGAGUACGACAAGGCAAACGGUCUCUAUCGUACCGCGGCAUUCAAAAACAGUCUGGACUACGAUGCGAAUUUCGUUAAGGUGAUGGUGCUGACCGGGCGCACCAACAGCAUGUACCCAAUCUCACCAGGCUCGCUUGGCAAGAAGAAGAGGACUUACGGCACCAAUUUACCAGGACCAUCGAUUGCAUAUAGAACUACUACGCAGGAUGGUAGUCCGCGUAACGCGAUCGCCGCACAGUUACCGCAAAGCGCACACUUUUCCCUCAACUUGCCGUAUACCACUUUUGGUUUGGGAAGGACGCCCAAUUUUGUGGAUGCUCUUACGAUAGGGGUCGGCGGUAAGUCGCGAGAAUGGCCGCAAAUCAUUCCAAACUCGCAAAUGGUCGUUAUACCGAAUCCAAUCGCCGAACCAUCCAGGUGGAAGGCUCAACUUUUUGUAACACCCAGCAAAUUGAUUCUACUAAGCGCAGCUGCUUUAACCGGCACUUGUGGUCUGAUUACGGCCAUUAUUCUCGGCUUGUAUUGGAAGGAAAGGAGAGAAGACAAGAUUGAAAGGCUCCAGGAAGCGCACAGGUUCCACUUUGACGCGAUGUAGAUAGGAAGGCGAUAGGAGGAGGGCAUGAUAUAUAAUUAAGGCUUAUUUAAGAUAUCGGUUUAUUGAUUCAUAAUUAUUUAAUAAAUAAAUCGCGCUUAACAUUCUACUCAAUUUCGCAUGAAUCAUACUUGCCAUUCAUAGCUCUGACAGCAAACGUCGUGCAUCGUGUUUUUCUUUUCAAUCGCAGAAUUUGCAUUUUUGGUAUGAAGGAAUUGCUGUCAGAGAGUUAAAUUAACAAUUUACCUACUCUUCCUUGUCACUUUUAUAAAACAACGAUACUCGUCGGUGUUGUUUUCUCACGGGACGAUCGUCGCGUCGAGCGCGUAAAUGUGUGUGUGUGUGUGUAUAUAUAUCUUAACAAACGAUCCUUGCGCCGGAAUAUUUUCUUUUCCAUCUUUUGGUCUCUGCGCGUCGUACGCGCCAUAGUACGCUGUCAGUCGGUCUAAGCUAAGAGGGAUGUUUCGCUAUUGGCAUCGAUCAUUCUUUAUGGCAGGGUUUAAGUCAUUGAAAUACGGAUGCGCCAUUGCUUCCUCCGCUGAUAGCCGUAGAGCCGGAUUACACACUAAUAAUCUCUGUAAAUCAAUCGAGCAAGAAAUUACGAUUCAAGACUUGAUGUAAAACUCUACAAGUGCUAUAUUUUCAAAAAGUUAUUCUUUAAUGUAAUUUCUCAAUACUUCUGGAGAAGUAAAAUAAACAAUUUUCUACUUUUAAGAUUUAUAUUUAUGGCACUUACAGUCUUUUCAAGUCAAGUUUUCAAUCGACAGAGACUUUGUCUCAUCUGUGUACGUAUACUAAAUAAAAUAAUUGAGAUAAUUUUUCUCUUUGUCAGAGAGAGAGAGAUUUACUCUAUAUAAAUAUUUAUACACGUUAUAUAAUAUUAUUUUUGAAUUACCUGCGCUAGUCUCAUGAUAUUUAAUUCUUUUUUAUUUGUUAAAAAAGCGUUUCCUUCCUAUUGUUAUACAUUUACUAACAUUGGUAGAUGGAAGAAAAUUUUAUUGUACAGUUAUACAGCGCAUAUCAUUUUAAUAAUGUAUUUUCUAUUCCAUUAGAGAAGCUAACUAGCAGCGUCAUUAUAUUCCGCAUUUCUAUUCGUUUGAUAAUGAAAAUAAAUAUAAUUUACCUGGAGC